AUGUUGUCCACCUCGCAUCUCAUUGCCGGAACUCCUACUCCUCUAGACGCGGUAGAGAAACGGUUCUUUGGGGAUGAGGCGUUUGAAGGGGAAGAAAACGCGCAGGCGAUUGCUGCUCUCAAGAAACGCGAUAUUUCUGUCGACCUCGAGGACAGAUACUUUGCUCCCCUCGAGAGAAGGGAAGCGAUAGAUAACGGAGCCCCGAUUGCUGAGAAGGACCGAGUCGGAAGUUAUGAGGUCGUUGUUCUCACAGCUUCGAGGCUAUUCAAUCUCCGAACACCCGAAGCUACGCCAUCGCGAGCUUUAUAUCAAUCGGUGGACCGUCAUAAUGGCCCAAUGGCUAAACUCCUGCUUAAAAACUGUGAGAGGAUCUUGACACCCGCCGAUUGGUACAAUAAGCCACCUCCUUCUUACCUUUCCCCCUUCACAAGGGAUUGUGGAGAGGAGGAUGGCCACCAUUCUCACCAGCAAACUCAAAUCCAACGCCGAGCAUGUAGCAUUUACGCUGAAUCUGCUCUCCGUCUUCCACGGCAUCCUGCGAAUCUAUCUGCUGCAUAUAAGUAA